AUGGCCCCAAAUUCCCGAAACACAGGGAUUCUCUUGGUUUACAUCCUCUCUUUUCUCAUUGGUCUCCCAGCCAACCUCCUGGCCCUGCGGGCCUUUGUGGGGCGCGUCCGCCAGCCCCAACCCGCGCCCGUGCACGUUCUGCUGCUCAGCCUGACGCUGGCGGACCUCCUCCUGCUGCUGCAGCUGCCCUUCAAGAUGAUCGAGGCCGCCCACGACUUCUCCUGGCCCCUGGGGGACGUCCUGUGUGCACUGACCGGCUUCGGCUUCUACAGCGGCAUCUACUGCAGCACGUGUCUCCUGGCCGGCAUCAGCGUGGAGCGCUACCGCAGCGUGGCUUUCCCUGCGCAGUACCGCCUCUCUCGCCGGCCUCUGUACGGCGUGAUCGCGGCCCUGGUCUCCGGUAUCUUGUCCUUCGGACACUGUAGCAUUGUCAUCAUCGUCCAGUACUUACCAGUCAACAGGACGACGGCAGGAGGUGGCGAAGGGCUCUCUACCUGCUACGAGGACUUCACCCACGCGCAGCUGGACGUGCUGCUGCCCGUGCGGCUGGAGCUGUGCCUGGUGCUCUUCCUCAUCCCCAUGGCCGUCACCACCUUCUGCUACUGGCGCUUCGUGCGGAUCAUGCUCUCCCAGCCAAACGUGCGGGCCCAGAAGCGCUGGAGGGCCGUGGGGCUGGCUGCUGUGACCCUCUUCAACUUCCUGGUCUGUUUCGCGCCCUACAACGUGUCUCACCUAGUGGGCUUCUUCCAGGGGAGGAGUCAGAAUUGGCGAGCGUGCGCCGUGUUGCUCAGCGCCCUCAACGCUUGCAUUGACCCCUUGAUUUUCUAUUUCUCCUCCUCCGCUGUGCGCAGAACCUUUGGCAGAGGGCUGCAGAGACUGCAGGCCUGGGGGGCCUCCCUGUCAGGGUGGUGGAGGAGGAAAAGGGCUGCAGAGAGAGAGAAAGGGAACUCGGGUAUGGCCAAUGUCAGCUUCACAGAAGAGUAG